AUGCCGUUCCGACAGCGCAUGGCCCGCCACUUUGGCGACUCUCUGGCCCCCGAAAAGGCGUACCUCAGCUACUACGAUGUCUUGCUGACCGUCGAGGACAUCAAGUCGCUCAAGAACGACUGGCUGACGGACAACAACAUCGCCUUCUGGGAGGAGUACCUCGAGCACGAGACGCUGCCGCGCUUCCCCCAGGCCCGCAUCAUCCUGCUGCGCCCGAGCAUGACCUUUCUGUUGAUGAAGGAACCCGACAUGGCUCAUGUUCGCUCCGCGCUGCCCGACUUCAGCAAGGUCACCCACGUCUUCCUGCCCAUCAACGACAACCGCAACGUCGCCAUGGCCGAGGGCGGCAGCCACUGGUCGCUGCUGCUCGUCUCCGUCCUCGACGGCAUCGCCUUUCACUACGACUCCCUCGGCGGCGCCAACUACGGCGAGGCCAACCUGGCCACCAGGAAGCUCAGCGAGAUCGUCAAGCGCCCGAUCCGGUUCGUCAACCUGGACGACUCGCCCCAGCAGGAGAACGGCAGCGACUGCGGCGUCUUUGUCUGUCUCUUGAUGCGCCACCUGCUCGUCAAGCGUCUGCUCGUCGCCAAUGCUAGGGAGAAGGUGUCCAUGAGCAUGGCCGGAAAGAUGGUCGAUAGCAACGGUGGCCGGAAGGAGAUGCUCCGCAUCAUUGAGAACCUGCGCAAGGAGGGAGAGCGUCGCCGAUCGUGA